AACCUCUACAUUGAAAACCUCAGACACCUUCGCACUCAUCUCUGUCCCUUCUUUCACAAUGUCUCUGACACCCGUAUCUCUCUUCACUCUCUCUCUCCUCCUCCUCCUCCAUCUUCCUUCCACAGUCACCUCAUCUCUCCACAACCUCCUCCAGAGCCAAGGCCUCCCCGGCGGCCUCUUCCCCAACAACGUCAAGUCCUACAAUCUCGACCCGAUGGGCCGCCUCGAGGUCCACCUGGACUCUUCUUGCAUGGCCAAGUUCGAGAAUCGGGUCUACUUCGACAACACAGUCAGAGCCAAUCUCAGCUUUGGUGUGCUUAAAGGCUUGGAGGGUCUGAUUCAAGAAGAGCUGUUUCUGUGGUUACCAGUCAAAGGAAUCUCAGUUAGUGAUCCAUCUUCUGGUUUGAUUUUGUUUGAUAUUGGUGUUGCCCAUAAGCAGCUUUCUCUUUCUCUCUUUGAAGACCCUCCGCUUUGUAACCCUCAAGGGGUUUCACUGAAGGAGGAUGUGGUGAAGAACACUGGAUUUGAGGCGCAAAGAUGAGAGAACAUCAGUCUAUUUCGUUGACAGAUAAAUUUCUGGCUCUUGUUUCUGUGUGCUGUUGUUUUUGUAUUUAAUGGAAGAUUAAUGUUGAUAGAAGCUAAUAGGGUUGUAAAAAAGUAAAAGAAUUGGAAUCAAAUGGUAGAACUUUGGAAUUCUGUUCCUUCUGUUGGUUGUGGUAUUUGCUUGUGAUACUAGGUCUUAUCUAUUAUGUGCGGUAUUUGCUUGAAUACUUGUGGUCUUCAGCUUCAGUGCAAGCAUGAAAUUUGGAAUUUGGAUUGCAGUUAGUAAUUUGGAUUUGAGUCUGUGGCUAAGGAAGUUGCCAGAGUUAUUGAUUUCGAAAGGAGGAUGGGAGAAGAAAACUGGAUUUCGGACCCAGACAUGAGGUUCUUUCAGUGACAGAUAGCUUUAUCCUUCUUUUUGUGGUGUGUUUUGGUUGUAGUGACGAAAAAGGGGGUUAAUGUUCAGUGUUCAUAGAAGCUCUUAGGGUUGUAUAAAAGAUAUACUGAGUAUGAUAUUUGGAAUCAAAUGAUAGUCUUGGAGUAUGA